AUCCCUAACAGAACAGGCUUUAACGAGCCUAGUUCUCAAACAUACGCCUCCUAUCAAGGAUACGCCACCAGGGGAGGUACCCUCCUGGCUUCCACACUCUUGUGAAGUCAUCAAAAGCUAUGCUGUCUACUUAGAUGCUCACUUAGGGGGCAAGCGUCGCAAGGAAAACAGAACAUAUGAAACUGAAAAAGAACUUGGGAUGGGAAAAAGGAAAAAGGCACCCAGUACCCGACUUCGUUCUCUUGACACAAAUGAUAGCAGGCCAAAACUAUCAACUGCGCCAAGCCAUGCACCUGCAAGAACUAUUCCCUCGCCUCCCAGUAUUCAAAAAACAUCAUCAAAUUCUUUCCAAGUAGAUGCUCACACAAAACAGAGUUUUCAAGUAAGCGUUUUGACUACAAGUAGAGUGGGAAAAGUCCGUGAAGAGUCUAAUGUCAAAAGUGCCAAGAAAGCAGUUAACAGAUCAGACAAAGGAUCAAAGGCCAACAAUUUUGAGGACUUAAGGAAAAAGGUGGAAGAAAGGAGAUCACUAAAAUUGGGUUCCAUAUCAAUCACCAAAAGUUCAAAGUCAUCUAGCUCAACUAGCAGUGGACCUUUCAACUCUUGUGGUACUUCUAAUUCAAGACAGCCCAACUCAAUGUCUGAUAUAGAAAGUCAUCAGAGCCCCCCUCCUUCUGUGCCUGGGACGGAAAGUGUAGAGCAUGAUAGUGAUAGUCCUGUUUCUGCUAUUGAGGAACCUUUUGACUCAUCUUCCCCAGAAUCUACGCAACCCCACAGGAGCAGCUUCACCUUGAGCAGCAUGCCUGUCAUUUCUCAACAUACUCACAUCGGUCAAAGUCUGAAUUCCUCUCAACAUGUAAAGUCUACAUCAGUCACCAAAUCUGCUGAAAGUACAACAUCAUGUUCUUCAUCAGUAUACAAAGGCAAAUCUGCUAUUGAUGAUCAACACUCCUCAAGAUCAUUUAAAUCUCUUGACUCUUUUAAUGAAAGGCGUUCUAACUCAAGAUCUCAGUCAGCUUGUAUAGUUGGGCAGGACAAUGUGAGGAGCAGUGGGGAAAGCAGGGGAGUUGCCACGGGUAGAGUAGAAGGGGACGAAAGCAAUUUUCCUGCACUCAGUCCAAAUCGUGGAGUCAUGCCCAAUAAUGUAAAUGCUUUUAAUGAUGGAGAUGAGAUGUUGGACUUGCACAUCCAUGGAUCUCCCUUAGUCUCUCAACAUUCUGGGUCUUUAGAUAAGGAUUCUGAUGAUGAAAUUGUUCCGUCAAUUUCUCAAGCACCUCACAACAGGUCCUCCAGAUUUCCGUCAGACAGAAAUAGUAAUGCUCUUACAUGUACAAGUGAAAGGGCUUCAGCGGCUGUAGGUAAAAGCACCUUCGAGACAACAGUCCUACAAAGACUGUUUUCAAUGGAGCAGAAAAUUGAAGACAUCAGCAGCAACCAGGCCAGGUUAUCAAUGCACCUCUUGCCUACAGAAAAAUACCUAGCUAAGCCUCGCAAUAUGCCUGGAAUUCCCCUCCUAACCCUGGAUCAACUCGAAAGAAUGGAGAAAUGUCUAGAAGAUGAUAACAACAUUCAUUACCUGAUAAUGCUCGUCAGCACUAGCGUUUCCAAGAAACCAGAACUUGAAAGAAAAUCAGCGGAUAAGACACUCAACCGACUCCUCUCUAAUUCCGUUGCCAAAUACUUCAGCUUUCUUGGAAGGCGGGGGAAGAGAAACUUCAGUGAACUCAAACUGUGGGAUGUUAUUAAAGGUGCCAUUGCUAUGAAACUUGAGUCAACGGACUUGACAGAGACAAUUCAAGCAGUCAAAGACUGGUUGAAAGAUGCCGAAUAUAGAACCCAAACAGAUGGAACCACAGCCCGUUCUCGGAAGUCAAAGCAAUCUGAUAGCUCAGCUGAUACCUAUCAAAAGCAAGCUGAGAAAAAUAGGCCAAGGAAGAGGCAGAAGAAAGCUGGGGCCUCAAAUUCUUACGAGCUAGAUGAUUCAGAAUAAACUUUAUAAGUAUCUUAAUUUUCAUUGUAGCUAGUCGAUUUCAUUUUUGUUCUCUAUCUCCAUGAACUGAAAAUUUUCUUUUUUGUUAAAUAAGAAUUUUGAUGUUGCCCAACAGAAUUAAACAAAAUUCGUCAUUUGUGAGGCAUGUUUAACAUCAGUUUUGUUCUUCAACUGAUCUCAGUAGGGCUAGCCUGAGGGGAGGAGCUGAAUCAAGUUUUUAUUAGUUUUCUUUAUUUCUAGUCUUUUUCUACAUUAUUGAUCUCAGUAAAAUAUUCAAAUUAUUUUAAGGACUAGUUUUGUUAAAGGAUGUUUUUGUUUUGUUAUUAGUGCUUUUCAACUUCACAAUUCUUCCUGCUCCAUAGGGUACAAGCAUUGUUUGUUCAAGUAUUGAAUUUUUGUUUAUUGUCAUAAACUUAUGCUUCCCUUUUUUUGAUGUUGAAAAUGUAAAACUUUUGGUGUAAAGUUUAUCACCACAGUACAAAUAUUUUUUUAAUUCUCAUUCAUUGCAGUGAAUUAAUGAAUUAUGUGGUUUGAAUAAAAACACUUGACCUACACUUACUCUUGGGUUUAUUUAUUUAGUGCCACACGGCAGUCGCACCUUAAAGAUUGCUGCACGUCAGCGAGACAUUUCAAAUUAAGUCUUAGCAUAUGACAUCGA